CGCCACGAUGUCGGUUGAGGCAGGCAUUUGGUGCCUGUGCGUCCUGGCACUGCUCUCGGGUGCCACGCUCUCGGACGUGAAUGUGGCGUCUUAUCCGCGUUGGAGGGACACUCGCUUCCCUGGCACCAUCGUCUUCAGUGAGCAGGUCGGCAGCGUCCUGCAGUGUGGCGGCGUAUGCGGGACCUUCGGCGCCGCCUGUAUGGUGUUCACCGUGCAGAAAGUCGACGACGGCGUGCGCUGCGAUAUAGUUCAGGAAGCGAAUUCGCCCGUGGCCGCGGCAGGAUUCCACUCUUACACUUCCUCCCGCUACGUGGGGGCUAGCGACAAGAAGCCCCACUACUUCUUCGCUCGCUCUGCAGGGGAGUGGGAAAACUCGCCGGCCGCGUGCGCGAGGGUAAGAGCUUCCACGAACUGCCUGUUGCAUCGGUCAGGAUUUAUGAAGACCGGCGGCUGUAAGAAAAGAAUGGGGGGUAAAAAAAUGGACGUUGGGGACAAGUUCGUAGAAGAAUGCCCAUUCCAAGCCGCGGCUGAUGCGGAAGAGCGGCUGUUCCUCUGCUCCCCGACUAUGACCCCUGGAUGCUGA